UUGCAACGCAUGCCUUUUUACAAUCGCGGAAGUAUCGGUUCCAUUCUAAACUGCUCUGUUUACGAGUCUAUCGUGUUGUUUAUAUAUUUUAAUCUUACUCAUUCAACAGUACAUGCAAAAUGGAAGAUGACGCACCUGUCAUUUAUGGUCUUGAAUUCCAGGCUCGAUCACUCACUGCACAGACAGCUGAAACGGAUGCUAUUCGUUUCCUUGUGGGUACACAGUCUUUAAAGUUUGACAACCAGAUCCACAUCAUUGACUUUGAUGAUGAGAAUAACAUCAUUAAUAAGAACGUCCUUCUCCACCAAGCUGGAGAGAUCUGGAACAUCGAUGCCAGUCCUGCAGACAAAGACGUACUGAGCACCUGCUACAACAAAACCAGCGACAGCCGUGUGGUGUCCUGUGCAGCAGUAUGGCGGAUGCCCCCCACUUGGGAAACAGGAAGCCAAGAGUCACCUGAUGACUCCGCUCACAAUCCCCAAAACUUGGAACUGCUUUGUCACCUAGACGACAGUGCCCACGGCAAUGCAGCCUGCGUACUGUGGGAGCCAAUGGGAGAUGGAAAGCGUGUGAUUUCAUUGGCUGAUAACCAUAUUCUUCUCUGGGAUCUGCAAGAGAGCUCCACACAGGCCACAGUCUCCAGCACUGCUAUGCUUGAGGGAAAGGGGCAACUUAAGUUCACUUCUGGCAAGUGGAGCCCUCACCAUAACUGCAGCCAACUUGCCACUGCAAGUGACACGGCCAUAAGAGGCUGGGACCUCCGUACCAUGGGUCAGAUUUACUGUAUCGAGAACGCCCAUGGGCAGCUGGUACGUGACCUUGACUUCAACCCAAACAAGCAGUAUUAUUUGGCCAGCUGCGGAGACGACUGCAAAGUUAAGUUCUGGGAUGUGCGCAACGUCCAGGAGCCCAUCAAAACCCUGGAGGAACACUCGCAUUGGGUGUGGAGCGUCCGCUAUAACCACAGCCACGACCAGCUGGUGUUGACGGCCAGCAGCGACAGCCGCCUCAUCCUCUCCAACAUGGUGUCCAUCUCCUCAGAGCCAUUUGGCCAUUUGGUGGAUGAUGAGGAUCUCAGCGAGGGGGAGGACAACCACCAAGAUGAUAAGGGCAAGGAGCCUCUGAAAGACAGCGUGGUGUCCACCUACGAGGAGCACGAAGACAGCGUAUAUGCAGCUGAGUGGUCAUCGGCCGAUCCGUGGCUCUUCGCCUCGCUCAGCUAUGACGGCCGCUUAGUCAUCAACAGGGUCCCCCGUACUCUCAAAUACCAGAUCCUGUUGUGAGCGGACAUAUCGUGGAGUUCCCAAAACGGCAGCGCAUAUUGUUGCAAAAACUGUAAUUCAUGUAAAUACAAUCCACCCACAUUCAGUGACUUAAUUAAACGUUCCCGUUAAGAGUUCAGUGUCACCAAAAAAACUCGGGAAUCACUAAUUUAGGAAUUUCUCAUGAAUUUAGUAGGUAGUUAAUAAUUUUGAUAGGUUCAAAUGAUGUUUUGCAUGGCACAAUUCAGGUCAGGUGUAACAAAAAAAAAAAACGAGCUCUCCUAAAGCCAUUGUGAUUGGCGCUAAUUGUCAGAUAUUUUCCUCUAACGUGGCUGUGCAAAUGGCUUGAGAAAUGAAAUUCAAAAUAAUUCUAUUAUUUAUUCCUAAAUGCAACAUGGAGCCAUUGCUUGUGAGGCUUCAGCUUUCCGCUGAUAAUUACAACCUCACCUCAGUGUAUCUGACUCCUUUGCAUGGAGGGAGUUUUUCUUUUUUGCCUGCUCGAAAUGAAGCUCACGCUUUAACAUGAUUCUCUGCACUGUGGGUGGAGAGCGGACAGAGCAAGAGAAGAGAAUUACUGACAGCCAUAGAAGGGGAGUUAAGAGGUCCGCAGCCAGCACCCAUGGGAGGUGACGAGAGCGGCGUGAUCUGUACGCGUGAAGUGGAGGAAGGAAGCCUAGACCCUCCAGGGUUGAUAGUGGGCUUCAUGAAAUCCACAACCAUGCACAUUUUGUCCUUAUAUCAUAUUCUCUUAUUGAAUCUUACUUUAUUUUUUGAAACUCUUCGACUCCUGACUUAGUUUGGUCUUGCUCGGGCAGGAAGUUGCCGACAUGAGCCUGAAGACUUUUUUCCACCCACUGCAUUGAUUAACAAUAACAACAGGAGUCAAUUUGGAAGAAAAUAUUCGUAGCACUUGUGAAUGUUACUUUCUUACUUUCACAUGAGCUGCAGUGUUUUCUGCUCCACGAUCUCUGCAGCAGCAUAUAUACUGUAAAACAUCAACUCAUCGCUUUUGAUAUUAGCUGAAAGUACCCUGUAGUCGCCGAAAGCUCAGAUUGCCCUAAGCUACUUAUUUAUAAUUUGAUCAUUUCUGCAGAAGAUAAACAGCUCGUGGAAGGGACUUUUAAUUUUGGUGUCUGCAUUAAGUCAUUUAGUAAGGAAAUAUGUCUUGAAAGUGCUAUUUUUAUAUACAGUACAAAUGGGGGAUUCGAACACAUUUGCUUGAUUAAACACACAAAGAUAAUUAAAUUCCAAUAAGACAAAUAUCUCUAAAAAUGUCAUACAUAGAAUAAAAGGAAAAAUGAGGAAAUGCUAAAAUCUCAUCUCUGAUAUAUUGUAAUUGUAACAUACUGUACAUUAAAAUACUCCAGCCGAUUCUUAUUCAGAAACCGCCUCGAUAGAUAAAAAUAGAAACCAACCAUGUUGAAACCAUCACACUGUACAGAACUCUGUUAAUACAUCAAUGAAUCAUUCUUACUCAA